AUGGAGAAAGAGCUCGAUCACUUUACCCAAGAUCUGCGGGCGUCGACUCGCCACUUAGCUCUCAGGUCGCCUCAGUACGUGCAGUCCGCAACAAUGGAGAAGCGUGCCAUCAAGAAGGAUACGAUCCACCGCGUCAAUCUCCAACGUCGAGCGGGCGGGACCGACAACGAACCGUUCAGCAUGUGGCCCGCAUCCCGAGGCCAAACGCUGGCGGACACGAUGGGAGAUCUCGGUCUGCAAGCUGGUGAUCGUGGCGCAUUGCCUAUCGCUACCUUCCACCAUCUCAAACAGGACCUGUUUCCGCGCGUGCCUCGUUCCCGAGAGACGCUGCAGGCGCUUUCGCGAGUCUAUCGACCCUAUCAGUUGGCUCAUCCGGUCCGUGGCGCUCGAAUCGAUCCAGCUGAGGUGGGCGCUCUCGCUGACGCGGUCUACGAACGAUCGGGCAGAGACCGGAUCAGGGAUAUCCGCGGGGUUCUAUCGCACCUGAUCGACAAUGCCGCUCCACUUGGCCUUGAUCGUGUCCGAGUCGAGUACUUGCAAGCGUUGCGCGACCGCUUCCACCUUUCGAGACAACUCUUGACGCCGACACCGACUGAGCUCGCCGAUCGAGCAUCGGAGAAAUUUAACGAGAUCUAUCGGCUCGAAGAACACGGGUCGCUGCACGCAGCUGCUGCAACCGCGGCCUUGCAGGCGCAUGCGGCCGCGGCUACCCGGGACAUCGACAUUCGUGGUCGAAUCGCCGAAAACAACAUCAUGCGGUUUGACAUCGACUUCACCUUGUUGCGCGAACUGGAACGGGACCUGGACAAUCUCGUGAGAGGUGGCGACCUUCGAAUGGCGACUGGGUUCAGGAGAGCUCCUGUCAAGAAACGGGAAAUGUCCCAGAAGGGGGCGGGGGUGAUUGGGUUUAGCUGA